UGCUGCUUUCCGGGGGCCAAGAUGUCUAAGCGAGGAUGUGGUGGGUCAUCUGGAGGAAAGUUCCGAUUUUCCUUGGGUCUCCCAGUGGGAGCUGUCAUCAAUUGUGCUGAUAACACAGGUGCCAAGAACCUGUACAUCAUCUCUGUGAAGGGGAUUAAGGGAAGAUCGAACAGGCUUCCUGCAGCUGGUGUGGGUGAUAUGGUAAUGGCCACAGUCAGAAAGGGGAAACCAGAGCUCCGGAAAAAGGCUCAUCCAGCAGUGGUAAUACGGCAACGGAAGUCCUAUCGGAGAAAAGAUGGUGUGUUCCUAUAUUUUGAAGACAAUGCAGGAGUCAUGGUAAACAACAAAGGCGAGAUGAAGGGUUCAGCUGUGAUGGGGCCGGUUGCCAAGGAGUGUGCUGACUUGUGGCGGAGGAUUGCAUCUAAUGCCGGCAGCAUUGCUUGAUUCUCCUAAAGCCCAUUUGUAAAAAACAA